AUGUCCUCCACAGCCAAGAACCCGAACCAAUCUCGCCCGAGCGCAAACCAGCUGAAGCAUCUGUACUCGCAGGCCAGAAACCCGCCGAAGGAUCCGCAAACUUCGUACAAGGGAAAGACGGUCUUGGUCACCGGCGCCAACACUGGUAUUGGAUAUCAUGCCGCGGUCAAAUUUGCUGCUUUGGGGGCAUCGCCGCUCGUUAUUGCCGUCCGCACACAGGAGAAAGGCGAGGCCACAAAGGCCGCCAUCAUCCGCGAGACCGGCAAUGAGAACAUUGUUGUCAUCCCGGUAGAUCUUUCGACGUUUGAUGCCGUGAAGGAAUUCGCCGCAAAGCUGAACAAACAAGUCCCCAAGCUUGAUGUCGCACUCCUCAAUGCGGGUCUUGCCAUGCCCAGCUUUACAAAAGGGCCCGGAGAUUACGAGAUCGCAUUGCAAGUCAAUGUGCUCUCCACGGCGUUAAUGGCGUUGCUUAUUCUCCCCAAGCUCCGGGAAACGGCCGCCGCUAAUGCAAUCCCGUCUCACCUCACGUUCACAACGAGCAAGGGCUACCAGGACGUUGAGGAGUCGUGGCUCGAGUCAGACAAGACCUUGAUUGACCAACUCAACAGCGAGGAGGGAUGGUCCGACCAAAGACACUACUUGAUGGUCAAGCUGGCCACCAUGUUCGCCUUGCAGGGUGUGGCGGACCGACACAGCGACAACCAGGUUAUUAUCAACGCGGCGUGUCCGGGGUUCUGCAAGACGGAUCUUGGCCGGAACUUCUCACUGGUUUCCAAGGUUUUCAUGGGUCCAAUCCAGUACUUCGUUGCGCGAACUGCCGAAUACGGAAGUCGAUCCCUUGUCAGCGCGACUACCCUGGGCCUCGGGAGCAUCGGGAAGCUGUGGCAUGACGAUGAAGUCCUCGAACCAAGCAAGCUGCAGGCCAGCGAGAGGGGCGUCGAAUUGUACCGAGAGACGUGGGGCCAGAUCUUGACCAUCUUGCGCAAACACAUUACCUCCAAGGAUGUUUGA